AUGACUUCAACACUCCGUUCGGUCGCAGCGACACUCGUUCCGAUUCCAUCGAGCAUAGCCCUACCUACACCCACGUCUUGUUCUCCAGGCAUCGCUCCUAACGGUCUCAAUAUUACGGGACUCACAGGUCAGAUCUGCCAGGUCAACGUUCCUCCAAACGAUGUCAACAUCACAUCCUGUUGCAACAAUGAUGCCGAGGUCCGUGUCAUGAAUGACUGCACUCAGUGGUGCGAGGUGGACGACGGAAACGAGUUCUUCGACUGUGUCAAUGACAUGGCCCCCACGUCCUAUCCGUUCCUCGGUGGGCCGUGUCUAGUCUUGUCUGCGGCGAGUUCGAUUUAUACGAUAUCAUCAUCCAGCACCGGAAUCGCAUCGACACCGUCUAAUUCCCAAGAGACUCAGACGCCCGAGUCCACUGAGGCGUCGCCUUCCACCACUGAGUCGGAAGAGGAUGGCGCUGAAGCAACGGAAACUCCCGAUGUCGAAGGCUUCUUCAAUGUCAUUUCGAGUACAAGUAGUCUCAGCAACGAGAUCGCGCCGAUCUUUGCUCGCGACCGGUUCAUUGGCGUCUCAGAGAACAUGUACGAAAGCAUGAGGCUUGGUCUGCAACUUGCGAGUCGAUUUGUGGGAGACGAACGAGUUCUCGACUACUUCUGGCAUCAGAUGAGAAGCAGGACAUUGCCUUCGCAGACCUUCGUAAGAGAUGAGCCGCCACCACUAAUCUACACCUCGACCUCUCAGAACGAACACCCCUCCGUCUUGAUGGCCGACUGGAGGGAGAAGCUUAGCAACUUAGCUAGCGUCUUGACCUGGAAGGUGCAAGAAUCCGACCGUACUCCGACAGACAUGGAUUUGGGAUUAACUUUCGCUUUUGAUGAACUCCGAACAACCUUCUCAGACCGCGCGACCAAUGACAAGACUUAUAACGAGGUUCUAAGGCUUUGCAAUUGGCGCGAAGCGGAUAGGAGCGCCAAGGUACGUAACGGUAUGCUGGCUUAUUGCGCCGAUAUGAUGGGCGAGGGCUUGCGGUUUCGACCAGAGAGGGGAGCACCGACGAGUCCCUGCGUGCUCCUGCACUCAUUCUUUCGCAAAGUGCUCGAUCCAGACUCCGAGACAACUGUGACAGAUACUUCUGGUCCUCCCCCUCCAUCUAGCGUACAGAAUCUUGGACCCCAAUUCCUUCUCGCUCACGUCUUGCUCCACGAGUUGGCCCACUGUCUCGACAAAUUUCCGACCUUCAAGUGCAAUGAUCCCCAAGGUCUAUCGAUGGAAGCUUAUGCUAACGAGGAAGAAGCCAGGAUUUUCGCAUUUCCCGAAUGCGGUCUCUCCUGGGAACGGGCAAUCUUCCAAGGCCGUUGCAUCCGAUUCCAUCAAUUCGUCGCUAACCAAAGCAAGAUAGCAAUGAAAUACACAGAUAUUGCUGCCCUUGCCGUCGCGAGUUUCAGCCACAAAGAAGAUCGUGGUACUGCUACAUCAUCUACUUUCACCGUUGGUGACAAAACUUACAAGGCCACGACUGACUUCACGAGCUAUGAGAAGGCAUUGAUCCCGUGGCAAUGGAUUUCAAACUGGUUUCAGGAGUCGCAUUGGCAUCCCAAUCGGACUCGUGAAGAAGUAUUGGCCCUGCCUUCUCUGGGAUGGAAAAUGUCCUAUGAACUCCCCGCACCAGACGACCCGUCCACGAUCGCUGAUGAGAUCGUGAGAGUCCGCGUGAAGGUACCUUACGAAAAUGAGCAGGAAUAG